AUGAAUAGUAGCCGCUUGCUCAUCCCCCUCGCCCUCAAUUUCUCUGACAUGGACAAGGUCUCUGGCGCCGACUCCGCGGGCGCUCGACACGUCUAUGGUUCCACUCCCGUACUCACCGCUCAGGCGAACAAGCACCGCGAGUCGGAGGUCUUCGAAACCGCCAGCGUCACGGGAGCGGAAGACGUCUGGAAAGCGCCAGUUGGCGAGCUAGAGUGCAUGGCGUCGGGCUUUCUCUCUAUAAGUGACUACAUCUUUGUCGCUGAGUCGCUCAAGACGCUGUCGGCAAGGAUGUUGAUGGAGGUGGGCGUCAACAACAGGGGCGCCAUGAGCGGCGGUGCCAGCGCUCCGCUGCGCCAGAUUGUGGUCGACCACCGCCCCGAAGCAGCAACGGCGUUGACCGUGUCGUGGGCGGUGAUGCGUGACGCACUGAUCGCUCGCAAACGGGGUGGCGGCGCCACGGGCAUCAGCGGCCUUGCGUCCUCGGCAACAACAGCGGUGCCUGAGCGAGACGACCGCGGCGAUGCGGAGUGCGCCGCGCGCUACUCAAAGAUGAAGAGCUGGGACGACGCAGAGACGACACAUGCCUGCGACGAGACCGCGCCGCACCUGUUCAAUACCGCCGAGGCGAACUGGGGCAGCGACGGCGAGGGCCUCGGUAGCGAGAGCGACGAGACGACGGAGACGGGCAAGUGCACUACGGUGCCGACGACGCCGCUCACAUCGCUGCCAAUGGACACAGUAGCUCCAAUGGCGAACCGGAAAGGCGUGUCCAGCGUCAUGGGGCACGUGCCAGAUCGUGUCCUCUUCCCGCACUUCCCGUCGCAGCCGCUGACGGCGUUUACCAGGGUGCCAGCGCCACCGCCGCGGCCACUCUCCAUGUCGGACCUCACCGCCAUCGCCGAGCAGGACGACGUGGUGGACUUUUACCUGCAGUCUUUGGCGAAGCGUGUGCGGGGUAUCGAGAGCAAGCUGCGGGUGCUGAAUGCGUCCUCAGUGCUGCGGUUCUUCUUGACCUCCGCGCUUUCCAGCACAGACUCCUUUGGCACGUCGGUGCUGUUGCCCGUCACGGCGUCAGUGCCGGUGCGUCUGCCUGGAUGCGUAGACGACAGCUCUGCCGCGGACCCGCAAAGCAGUGGUACGUGGAUUUCGAAGACGGAAAUCGUGUUGCCACCCAUGAACAAGGAGGAAGCGCAGGCGGCGCAGAUCCGUGAAGACGCGCUGGCCGCCAUGGGCGGUGACCUUGUCAAGCUGUUCAACGACACAAAGGACAUCACGCUUCGCUACAUGCUCAUCUUCGCCGAGAGCAUGCCGCUCGGCAUCAACUCGCGACUGAACCAUGACUACCUCUUACCCACUGCCGCCAUCCCGGAGAACUACGUUGGAUGCGGCGUUCACGCGCGCCGAAAGAAGGACUUCUUUGUCUCUAUGACGGAGCGCGUCGCGCUGCUGAGUGGGCACCAGAGCUUUAGAACGCCCGAAGCACUGUUGCUGGGGAUCAGCCAGCUGUCUACCCUCGCGUCGCAGAUGAUGUCGUCCUUCGCGCUUGGUGCCGUCCUUGGUUGUGUGUCGCGCUGGCGUGAGCUGCAUAAGUCAGGCCAUACCGCCUCGGACGAGGUGGUGGAGACGAUGGAGCGGUUCGCGACGGCGUACUGCACCGGCUACAAAAUCCUCAUGGACGACGCGUUCCCCACCAUGCGGAAGCAGUACCCAAACCUGUUCAUUGUCAGCUCCUUCGCCGUGAAGGAGGCAAACAGUGGAGGGCCACCGAUGCUGACGGUCACUAUGUCGAUGCUCAUGAAGCUUCUCUUCCUCUUCGCUGGCGGACGCGAGAGCAUCCGCGCCGAUGACCGACGCAUGAUGGUGGAUGCCCUACGGGAAGAGCAGCAGUGGCGGGCGGAGCGGCGCAUGUCGACAGUCGCAAUGCUACCGGUAGCGACUGCUACCGCCCGCCUCUCGGGGUCGGUCGCAACCACGCAUGCAGGGCACGAGCGAGCCGGCAGUCCGCCACGCAACGCAGCGUUCCUGCCCGCUCCCGUCGAAGUGGAUGUGACGGGCAACUUUAGCCUCGUGUGCAGCGAGCGCGAGGCAGGAGACGCGUGCACGCUCAGCGAUGAUGUGGCCCUCGCCGUUGCUCUGCAAGUGCCUUCUGCCACCCUCAUCGUGGACAUGGGUGCGUUGCUGAUGAGCGGGCCGCUGGCGGCGCACAGGUCGACGGCGGCCUUGGUGCGCACAGCGCGGGCGAUGAGUUGCGUGUGGCGGGUUCUGUUUCAGGCUGCAGGUCUUCUGCCGUUUGGCCGUGCCUGUCCAGUGGACAUGGCGAAGUGGCUGCCACUUUUCCCUCUGUACACCCUCAGCACAGGUGCGAAGCACGUCAUGCUUUCGGUGUAUGCCAGGGUGGUCGGACAGACGCCGCUCGAUUUCGGGCCGGUGCUGCGAGAGGACGCCCUGCAGUCUGCAGUUGACUUCAUCCAAGAUUCGGCGCGGGCGCAGGACGAGAAGCUGUCUGUGUCGGUGCUGGGCGCGACGACGAGCGAAUGGAGCUUGCAUCUGUCACCAACGGCGAUCGAGUCGUCGCCGGCGAGCUGCAAAGGUGGCAUGAGCUGGCCAAGCACACUUAGGCUAGGUAGCCCCGUCAUGCCAGUGAUUGCUGCCGCCGAAGAGAAGCCCGUCGCACCGGUGCCAGCGCAGCGCUCCUACCAUCUCUGCCCCUCCUUCACGGCGGCACCGGCACAGUCUUGGAGCGGCACUUUGAAUGAGGGCUCGUUUCACGCGAAGUCGACAUUGCAAGCCACGCCAGGCAUGGCCACGGAGCAGCGGCAGGAAUUCUACGAGCUGUGCGCACGCCAGUCCGCGGCGCCAUUCUUGCCAGGUGUGAACAUCACAAAUCAGGUGCACGCCUUCCCGCUGCCCGGCGGCGUGGCGAUGCUGCGGGUGGAGAGGCUUGCCGACCACUCCCCGGCUACGGUGCAGCGCUUGAAGACGCACCACGACCAGCUAGCGCUGAUCAUGUCAUGGCGACGUGUGUCGCUGAACCACUCGCACAACUGCACACCAGCGGCGGCAAUGGGGCAGACAGGCAAUGCCAGCAUCACCACCACGGUGAUAGGUGCGCCGGUGCACGAGGGCGACGAGCUCACAAUUCGCUGGGGCAACCCGCCAAAGGGCCGAGCGGCCGCGACGGCGAUGCGUGUGCAGACGAGCUUUUGCAACCCGAGAAGCUUCACGAACCGGCGAUCGUUCACCGCGGUGCAGAAUAUCGCAGCGAGCGAGACAGCGCAGGCGGCAUCAGCGGCAGCCGUGCUCAGCGCGCAGGAAUUAGUGGACUCGAGCGAGUCCCACGCACGCGUGCAAGGCAGUCACUACGCCACACUGGCAGCCGCGAUACGGCAGAAGAGGAAGUCGCUGCUUUUCUUUGCGGCCGCGUUUUCGAACGCGGCCCCCCCGUCCCCUCCACGCUCCCAGAAGGCUUUCCGUGCAGUGUCUCCCGAGGCGGGUGCCGCCCCCGCUCCUGCUGUCGAACCGACGGAGGAGCGCUUGCCUGACGUGCAUGUCCCUGCGAUGCAGCGCAGCCGCAUUUGCCUGAUCCUGGCGACAGCGAACCCCAGCGAGUUUCUCGUUGUGUUGGACACGCCAAACAGCAUUGCAUCCGGUGAGGCCGUGUCGGUCCUCACGCCGAGUGUCGUGGGUGUCCUCCACCACCGCCGGCACUGCGCACCGUUGACGCGUGAGGUGAGCCGUGAGUGCGCAUGGACAAACCCCGAGUUUGGUCAGAGCGCUAGCGCCGGCGUUCCCGCCCCCGUCACCCCGCCGCUUUCUUGGACGCCCGCUGGGCUGUCCGUGAUGACGCCAGCCAUGGCGCUGCAGGUGCCCGUGUUGCUGGGCUGGCUGCUCGGGCAGUCCGCUGGAAAUGAUGCGAUAUUCACCCUUCCUCUGCCGCCACUGGCCUUCCGCAUCUUGGGCCUUGCGGUGCAGCUGGAGCUGCCCAUCGACGCGGUGCAGCUCACCACUGCGGAUAUAUCCCUGCUGCAGCCCGACUGGACGAACUCGAAGCUGCGCGAGCAGCUGCUGCAGGGGCUGCGAGAGCUGCACUUCCGCCAAGAAACUCAGCGGGAGGUGCAGGCGGCUGCCGCCUUGACUAACGGCGCCGCGGGCAAGCGCACCGUCGGGCGCGGUAUCCUAGAUGACCUGUCUAUCUGCGGCAGCCCCGGCGCUGCGCUGCGUCAGCACCAGCGCAAGAAGGAGUUGAUCGACAUCAGCCUCUCCAUAAUGUGGAAUGUCCAACGUAACGGCACGGUGGCCGGGCACGCCUUCUGGGCCGCCGUGCUGCAAGGCAUGCGUCAGACACCACUGCUUGACACCCCACUCUUCGCCCAGUGUAGCUCUCGCACCGUGCGCGAGCUGCUCUGCGGGUCCUACGACCGCCUGGACGAAGACUUCACCUUCAGGCGGUCCUUCAUGCUGCUCGUGGAGGACGACGCAAAAGGCGGGGGCAGCACCGCUGCGGGAGGGGCAGCAAUGCAGCUUCGCGGCGACCGUCAUUUCGCGCGCAAGUCGGUGCUGCGCGUCCUUGACGAACUCCCCCUCAAGGAGAAGCGUGUGCUUCUGCGCUUCAUCACGGGUCACAGCCUGCGCACGCGUCGCUCGCAGAUGGACACGCUGCGUCUGGUCUUGCAGUCUGGAUUCGCCAGGGCACCACCGCGAGGUGGCAAGGCGAAACCGCCUGUGUGUAUGCCGUCUGGGUUCAGUCCGACCCAGACGGCUGGCGUGGCGACGGUGGGCGCUGGCGUUGUUAGGGCAGAGACAGCGUCGCUCGCGGGUGCUGACGAGGACCACUCACACGUCACGGUCUCGUCAUAUCUCACGGCAUCUGCGGAGGCGGUCGCACGCGCAUGUGUCGACGCGACGUUGCAGCUGCUCCCGGUGGCCCACCCGAGCGAGAGGACUCUGGUCUUCCCGAACUACCUCGACGCAUUAAUAAUGGGGUCGUAUCGCAAGCGGGUCCUCGGCGCUGAUCUACCCGCCUUCACCCACGCCUCCGGCACCGCCGCAGCGGCGGGAGGACACUCCGUCUCAUGUGCAGUGAACUAUGCCGAGAACUGCGUGAGUGUGCCGGCGUCCGUGAAUGGGAACAUCGCCGUUCCGUUCUUCGACAACGCGGACGUGCAGCUCGCCUGGGCACAACUAACGGUGGCGCAGCAGGAGACGCUGCGCCGGCGCUACCGGGAGCUGCUGCGGCACCGCGUGCGUGCCGCCCUCUACGUCUAUUUGCUCUCUAACGCCGAUACGGUGGAGGAGGCGUGGGAGCUAGGACCCCAGAUGGGUUUCGCCUCUCGUGCGGUGCAUAGCGGCGCGGCAUCAACGACGGCGGGUGAGCUUGCCGGGUGUGCGGGUGGAAAAUAUAAUGACGACGUCGGCGGCGGCGCCUUCCUUCGCUGCGACGAUGGGACAGUCAUGUUCGUCGAGCGCGAGACGGACGAGAAGGACGACGGCGUCGCCGGCGACGUCCACGCCUUCGGUGCUGAGGACGACCUCGACGAGGAUAUGGAGGCGGAUGACAUGGUGAUGGCGGCUGCGACCAAGGAAAUGACUGUCGACUCGGCGACGCAUGCCGCCUUGGAACGUGGCGGCAGUGGUGCCGACACUUCGACACCGGGUGACACAAGUCACGCCGGGCAGCAGAAGCGGCCGUUACUCCCCUCAGACCAGCUCACAAGCAGCAUCGGCACACUACAUAGCGACCUGUGUGGCGACUCGGCGAAGUGGGACAGCAUGAACGGCUACUGCAUUGCCGCCGCCUUCCGCUUUCCUGAGGACUCUGACGAGGAUGCUGGUGAGGCGCAGACAGCCGCCGCUGGUGAGGAAGUUUUCUCGGGCUGCGGAAACGGUAGCACAGACUCCGAAGCAACAACACCCUCGGCCACAGUGACGCUGCACGACGACGACGCGAAGGCAGACGUGGCGAGAGAAUUGGCCAGAGACGGCACGCAAACCUCCCAUCCUGCGCCGCCCGCAUCGUCGGGUGCAUCAGCCGAGGCCGCCAAGUGCCCCACCAGUGACGAUCAAAGCUUAGUGUCAAUGGUAGUGGCGUCACCGCGCGACUCCUCGCUGUUGAAAGCCAGCAUGAUCACCCCUCUAUGGAAGCCGCAGAUGACCGCUGCGGCGGCGUCGGCGAGCAGCUCAUCGAUGGCGUUCACAGACUCAGCCGUAAAGGCGGCAGGGACGAAGAUUGCCGUGGAAGCAGCGGCAAACGGAGGUCCACGCGAUGCCUCCAUGAAGGCUCCAUCCACCGCUGAUGCUGCUGUCACCGCGCACGGCAUUGCUGGGCUGAGCGGGGAGUCGAAGGGCGCGCAUCUGCGCUCCGAGAUCGACUCAUGCAUCCGCGAGCUCUUCUCCGAUGACACACCAUAG